CACUCACACUCUCUCUGUCAGAGCGCGGCGUUGACAGCCACUGGCCACUGAGCAGCCCACUCUGUCGGGGUUUGUGUCUCCAUGCAAGACUGCUGAAAAAGAAGCUCUGACUCUCGCAUUUUCUUUUAUUUGCAAGGCAAGUAAAACAACAAGCCCGCCCACGGCAACGGAAGCACAAGAAGUGGGGGAAAAAAAUCAUCUAACUCAUUUUUCUAGACUCAUCACUGUCUCGCAGCUCCCUGCACAAUGUCUGGAGAGGACGCACCUGCCCAGCAGCAAAACGCCGUGGACCAGAAGCAGGAGACCAAACCCGCCGAGGAGCCCAAAAACGAGCCACCCAAGACGGAGUCCCCACCUGCUGCUGCUGCCGAGGCAGCGGCUACCCCUGCGGCGACCACCGAGAAGGUCCCCGAGGAGGAGACGUUCACCUACCGCGCCCUGGUGCUCACCGGCUACGGGGGCUAUGAUAAAGUGAAGCUGCAGGUGAAGAAGGGAAAGCCGGCGCUCAAGGCUGGCGAGCUCCUGGUGCGGGUCAAGGCUUGCGGGCUGAACUUCGCGGACCUGAUGGCUCGGCAGGGGCUGUACGACCGGCUGCCGUCCCCACCGGUCACCCCGGGAAUGGAGUGCGCCGGGGUGGUGGAGGCUGUGGGGGAAGAAGUGACGGACAGAAAAGUCGGUGAUAAGGUGAUGGUGCUGAACCGCUUCGGGCUGUGGCAGGAGGUGGCGGUAGUGCCGGCAAGCCACACCUUCCUCAUACCAGAGGGCAUGAGUUUCGAGGAGGCAGCAGCCCUCCCUGUGAACUACAUCACUGCCUAUAUGAUGCUGUUUGACUUCGGCAACCUGCGGCCCAAUCAGAGCGUCCUCAUUCAUGCUGCUGCAGGUGGUGUGGGUAUUGCUGCCACUCAGCUGUGCAAGACAGUGAAGGACGUCACUGUGUUCGGCACGGCAUCAGCCAGCAAGCACGAGACGAUCAGUGAGGGCGGAGUCACGCAUCCCAUCGACUAUCGCACCAAGGACUAUGUGGAGGAAGUCCGCAAGAUCAGUCCGAAAGGUCUGGACAUAAUACUGGACCCUCUCGGAGGAUCAGACACCCAUAAGGCCUACAACCUGCUGAAGCCUAUGGGCAAACUUAUCACCUAUGGUGCGGCUAACAUGCUAGCGGGCCAGAAGAAGAACCUGCUUGCCGUGGCCAAGAACUGGUACCAUCAGUUCUCCAUCCACACGCUCAGCUUGAUCCAGGGAAACAAGUCGGUGUGCGGCUUCCACCUGGGCUACCUGGACGGGGAGAUGGAGCUCAUCACCCAGGCCAUGAACACCGUCCUGGAUCUCUACAAGGAUGGCAAGAUCAAGCCCCGCAUUGACUCUACUUGGCACCUUGAGCAGGUGGGCGAUGCCAUGAGAAAGAUGCAGGAGAGGAACAACAUCGGCAAAGUGAUCCUCACCACAGAGCCGAUGCCCGAGGAGGAGAAGAAGGAGGAGCCCAAGAAGGAGGACAAGAAGGAGGACAAGAAGAAGGAGGACAAGAAGAAGGAUGACAAGAAGAAGGACGAUGGCAAGAAGGAGGAGAAGAAGGACGACAAGAAGAAAGAGGAGCCCAAGAAGGAGGAGAAGAAGGAGGAGGAGAAGAAGGAAGAGGUCAAGAAGGAGGAGAAGUGAGAGGGAGGGAUGGAUAGUCAAGCAGACCAGCAGGGAGUUUGUGUCCUGGGAGCAGGGGUUAUGGUGUGGGAUGGUGAGGUUGGGGGAAGGAUGGAGAUGGAGAUGGAUGGGGUGGGAGGGUGGGGGCGGAGGGUAAGCAAGGAUGGGAAGGAGUUAGGAGGGCAGAUUACAAUAUUAUCACACCACUGUCGAUCUUUCAUCCCUCCCCCUCCGUCUCACCCUCUCGAGUCCUCAAUGACAGUGAUUACUCAGGCCUGGCUCCACCCCCCCCCCAUCCCGUUUUCUUGCCUUCAACGCAAAAAAAAAAAAAAAUUCCAAUCACUUUUAACACCUUGUAAGCGCCACACUUAUUGCAACACUCGAAAGAUUUUUGCUAUUGGGAAUGACAAGAGAGCCGUGGAGGAUUGUGGGUACAGUCCAGGCCUGGGGCAAAUUACUGUUUCCUUGACAACCGUAAUCCCUGCUCGCACUCUGGCCCCACCCGCGACCCCCAUGUCCCCUCCGCACCUCAACUCCCACUGUGCUAAAUUGUUCUGCUCUGACUUCCACCUGCCACCUCCUCUUCCCCCCUCACUGUGCUGAGUCCCCCCGACCCCCAACACCCCCCACACCCCCCGCCUCCCACACCACCUCCACCCCCCACCCCAUCCACGGGCCGGACCCACAGACAGGCACAAAAGACAGGCAGAUAAACGGAGAACCACACCCACCCACACGUUGCUCUCUUAGUGUCCAACGCUUAGUUAUGUCACUGAGGAUGAGUCAGAGAUGCCUGUGAUUGGCUGAUGCACCCCACCUCUCCUGGAGAUAUUUGCAUCAUGGUUUUGAUCAUGAUGUUUGACAG